AAUAAAAAUUAUUUCUGCUGAUUUUAAGAUGAUAGAAGAUAUUAUAUUGAUCAGUUCCUUGCAUAAAUACACUAUUGGAAAUGGAGUCUGUAGACACUUCAUAUUCUCUCCAGUAUUUGGGUUACAGUUUGAUACAUUCAUAUUUCACUGAAUCAAUGCUUCAAUGGAUUAUUGGAGAAAUAGAGCUCAGCAGAAGAGCUCACAAUGUAUCAAUGAUAUUAUCAAUGCAUGGUUUGGAACUAAAAAAGAGCUUUGUGUCAAGGAUACCAAGUACAUCUGAUAAAAAUGUUAACAGUCCUGAUGCAACUACUGAUGGAAUGAAUUUAGCUGAAAAUUUAAUUAAAUUUGAUGAUCUUGGCAACUCACAUAAUGAUAACAUUGAUGUUGUUGGCAUGAAUUAUCCGAUACCCCAUGUUGUUGAAAGCAUAUUACAUAUAAAGUAUAAUGUUAUAUUGCAUGCAAAAAAAAUACAGCAUAAACAAUCUUCAUAUUUUGUUUUUUUGACUCGAGAGCACAAAGAUCUGCCAAUACAAUGCCAUGCAUUUAGAGGUGAAUUGAAUCUACUGACCAUCAUCAGCCAAGACAUUGAAAAAAGAAUUAAACUAGAAGGAAAGAAUGGAGUGACUUGUGUUUUUGACAACGCUAGUCAUUCAUCGAGCGGACAUGAAAUUAAUGAUAAUGACUGUGUAAGAUUUGAAGUUAUGUUAAUUGGAAUUGUCAAUCUAAAAAAUCCAGAUCCUCCUCACACUCUUAUAGAUGAAGCAGUCACUCAGUUUGAUGAAAGAUACAAAAAGCUUAAACAGCAAAGAAAUGAACACACUAAUGAUGGUUAUAAAACUAGUGUCACACAACAUGUUUCAACACCUCCUGAUUAUAUAGAUUCAGGAUCCCCACCUUCAUCCUAUAUUGAUGAUUCAAGGGAGGGAUCUAUACAUAUGCUGCAACAAAUGCGAAAGCGUUGUGGCUCUAUGGAUCAUCAUACGCAAAAACCAACAGGCAUCCGUCGAAGACAAAGACAUUGCAGUGAACCUAGCACUUAUGGCAAUGACUUGAAAAAAACUCGAAUAAGACUUUUUCAAAUUGGCCAUAAAUCUGUUAAAAUGAUCUGUCCAAAUAAAACCGUCCAAAACUGUGAAAUAGGCUUUUCAAAUAUAUCUCGUUGUAUGCAAGGCAUAAAGCAUCGUGAUCAUUUUGGAAUUAUUGCAAAUAGUAUCGAAAAUAAGAAGCAAGGUCAAGAUGACCAACACAAUGCUAAACACACAAAUAACAUGAAAAAAAUUAUCUGUUAUGUAUUCAAAUGUGCAGAAGAUUACAUUUGUGAAGAAAUCAUGCAGGGCAUUCGACAAGCAUUUACAACAUGUUUUAACGAGACUUCACCCAUGCAAGAAUUUGAUGAGCUCUGCAAGGAUAUCAAUGCCGCAUCACCACAAGAUGCAUUAACCUUGGCCAAGCAAAAAAUGAGAGAUUUAAACGAAAAUGAAAUUCAGUCUAUCAAAGCACAAAUUUUAGAGAUAAAUCCUAAGAACUCUGAAGAUAAACUUGCUGCAUUUAUGGCUGCAUUACGACAACUGUAUGAAGUAAAACACGUUGAAUAUCUAACUGAAACUAAAGCGACUAAAGGUUCUCCUGUUCAAACUCAUUCUGAUGAGUCUGCAAGCAGCAAGUUUGACAACAUUAAAAGUAAGGCAAUGAGUUCAUUCGGAAGUUUACUUCAAAAAGGAAAAAAGAAAAUGCAAGAAUUGCAGCUUGAUUCAGAUUUGAUGUCGGACAAACUUGCCACAAGUCCAGUGAAUAAGUUCAAAAUGUUUUCUGAAAGUCUUUCUAGUUCUGUACCCACCACGCCACAGAAAAAUUUCGCCCCACAAGGUUUGCCAAGUGGUUCCGAUGAAGGCAGUCGUAUUAGAAAACGAUCAACAUCAUUAGGUUCCAGGCCUGCCAGUAUGGAAUUCUCUGCCAAGUCUUCUACGUCGCCAUUGCUAUUCUAUCAUAACAUAUUUUACAGCAUCACAAAUACUGGUCCUUGUGCAAAACCAGGUCAUACACCAGCUGUGGGGUGUCAUUUGGACAAACUAAAAACAAUCAAGGAAAAACCAUAUAAACGUCACAAAACUGUUGAAGAUAUUCAUAGAGCAUGGAAAUGGGCAAUCAGUCAGCAGAUAUUGCUCAACAAAAUAAAUGCUAUUAUUGCUAAACCUGCCAAUAAUAUGUUAUCUGAUUACAAAUAUAAUUCUUCGAGUGAAUUUUCUGAUUUUGACCCAAUUCCUGAUGAAAUGGAAGAUAUAUGGACUGAGUUGUUUCGUUUGUCUGUUGAACAAAAAGAGAAAAUUGAGAAGAGAGUUCUUUAUGCAGCAGUUCGUAAAGGUGUUCUCAGCACGUAUCGUGCCAGAGUUUGGAAAUUAUUGCGACUGCAUUGUCAUGUUGAUGAUGAAGAUAAUAUGAGAUCGAAGUCUAAUAUUGGAGAGUAUCCCAAGCUGCUUGAUAACCUGACUUCUUAUCAACAUGCUAUUCUGAUUGACAUCGGGAGGACUUUUCCGUCUCAUCCAAUGUAUAGCCAGCUACUUGGGCCUGGACAGCUCAGUCUUUUUAAUGUCCUGAAAGCUUAUUCUUUGUAUGAUGAAGAAGUUGGAUAUUGCCAAGGUUUGUCUUUUAUUGCUGGUGUACUUCUCAUGCAUACAUGCGUUGAGGAUGAAGCAUAUCAAUUAUUGUACUGCCUUAUGCACGAAAUUGGUUGCCGUAACAUGUAUCUACCAGAUAUGACAGGCAUGAAAUUAGCCAUGUAUAAAAUAACUAGACUGUUGUAUGACAUCGACUUGGAAAUAUUUCAAUUUUUUGAACGACAUGAGAUUACAAUGAUGCUUGUAGCUACUCCGUGGUUUUUAACAAUGUUUGCCUCAACGUUUCCUAUGAACUUUGUUGCACGCGUUUUUGACAUGGUAUUUGUUGAUGGGACACCUGCAUUAUUUAAAGUUGCGAUUUGUUUGCUUCGAGAACAUAAAAGCAAAUUCAUGCAACUUGAUGAUUUUGAAGAUACUGUCAACUAUAUCAGAACAGAAAUCCCAAAAAGUGAUCGUAAAACUUUGUCAAAUGUGAUUGAGAAUGCUAUGGGAAUGAAUUUUGAUUCAGAAUUGAAGGAAUAUGAAGUGGAAUAUAGGAUAUUGCAUGAAGAAUUGCCAAUCUAUACUUACCACACAGAGACUGAGAAGAAUCUUCGUGAGCAGAUUCAAUGCAUUGAAAACGUGAAUCAUAAGGUAACGGAAAGUAAUUGUGACUUGCUGAGACAACUUCACGAUGCCCAGCGUAAAAUUGCACUAUUGCAGAAACAACUGAAAGAAGCUAAUAAAAGUGGUAGGAAUGGAAAUUAGUUUGUUUCGUAAUAUUAUAUUGCAAAUAAUAGUGGAUAAUUUUGUAAAUAACAUUAGUCACUGCUUAAACUGCCCUAGUGUAAAUAUGUCAACCAAUUUUAUCUUACAUUGUGUGUCUGGUACUUUUAGUUAUACUCCAGUCCUUUAACUAUCUUAAUUUUUGUUCUUCAAGCAGUUUUUUAGUCAUUCAGCAGCCAAUGUUGAGUAUGCUAACUCAUUUAAAAGUUUUUUUUUAUAAUAAUUAAAGAAGACAAGACAUCUGAAUAAUCUCAAACUGGUUCCAUAAUAAACACUGUGCCAUUGAUAAUAUUUAGUUAGACACUUGUCAUUAUCCUAUUGAUUUUUCUUUAUUUUAUAAUGGGUCCUACCAGUCUAGUCAUUCAUUGAACUACAGGACAACAUAAUCUUGGUGGAUGACUAUUUCAUGUGAAAUUUUGCGAGUUGUAAUUUGUAUCAAAGAAAAUAUACUACAUACUAUUUUCCAAUAUCCAUCCAUCAACACAUUUACUUUUUGCAUUCCACAAGGAGUGUUACUGUUAGGGAAUGUUCAAUAAUUCGUAAUCUCUAGAAAUCAAUAAAUUUAGCUUUAUGAAUAAUAAAACAUAAUUCCACUGUGGUUUCCAAUAUUUGGAAUUGAUGGUAAUAUAUCACUUGAAAUUGGUGUAACCUCAAUUACAUUUUUCAGAUGUUUUUUCAAAGACAGUAGUCUUACUGCUUAGUACUUGUCACAUAAUGCUAAUUUUUUAUUGAUAUUUACUUAUUAUCAUUGAUGUAUUCUGUUCUUAAAUGCUUUUGCCCUUCUGUAGAUGUGAAAUGCACAAUAUUAGUGGCCAAUUUUGUUGCAUUGUAAGUAUUAAAAGGUGCUAUAUACUUCUGUAUUUGCUAAUGUUCAUUUUGUCGAAUUUAAUGUCUUGCAUAAAUUUUACGUAAUUUCUCAACUGUUAAUAUUGAGAGUAACUAGUGUUGGAAGUAAUUUUUUUUAAAAACCGAAUCGAAAACUUUUUGCCUCAAAUAUUUGCACAAAAUUUGUGGAUAUCGAAUUCGAAUUAAACGUUAGAAAACAUUGUAAUUUAAUGGAUUCUAUAUUACUUAAUUAACUUCACAUCAAGAAAAUAGGUCAAAAAUUUUAAUUCCCUUAUCUCUCAAACAUUAUUUUAUUUACCAGUACACUUUUUUUGCAAAGUCAGUGGUCAAAGAGAGCAUUUUGUAGUAUCUCUAAAUAUUCUUCACAAAAAUAUUGAAAUUUGAGCAAAUCUUUUUUAUUGAUUUUCAGUUGUUUCAUUAUUAAUGCUCACUACUCAAAUGUGUUUUGGAUGUAGGCUAUAUAUAUAACAUAGGGAGAUAUAAUUUGGCCAUCCUUGCAGUUAACCUGGAGUAUUUGCUAUGAUCUGCUACAUUUAAUAACGAAAAUUCUUAGAUAAUAAACCAGUUUCAAACCAUAAUAAUUUUAUUCUUAUUCUGUUACAUUUUGUCACAUUGCAAAUUUGCUACUCCUUAGAAUAUACACAAACCCUCUUGUUUUUAUUUGAUGCAGUUUCUUUUAUUUGUCCAUGCUAUGCCGUAUAGUCUGAUUUUUCCAUCAUGUUUUCAUUUUUUUCAUCAUUGGUAAAAACACUACCCUAGAUAGUUGUUUCUCCUCCUUUCAUGUUUUAUUCCUCUAAUUUUGAAUCAACCUAUCUUUUUAUUUGUUUUUGCUUUGUAUUGGUACGCAUUUGAGUUUAGUUUUUAAUCGAAAGUUGCCAGUAUGUGUUUUGCCAAAUAUAGGCUGUGAUGUUGUUGAUGUUAAUAAAUGAUAGUUGAAAAUACCUGCUCUUGUACAAUUUAUCCAAUUUGAAUGUUAUUAUUUUAGUAAAUUUAUCUGAGUAUAUUAGGCUGCCCUGGAUUUUUCAUAUCAUUAUGUCCAAAUAUAACAUAAUUGAAAAGUACAUAAAAUUUUAUACACUGAAAUGCACGAGAUAUGGCAUAGGUUUUGAUUCAAAAGGUGUCUUAGUUAUGGUACAGCAAUUUUCCCUUUUACGGUUUUUCUGUUAGUUAAAACAAACGUGGAUCUUGUCUCCAUAAAAUCACUCUCUGGAUCCUUUAACAGAUUUUAUUGAUUUCAAUAUCCAUAGCUUGUGAAAACAAUUUAGUUCCAAUGGGUUGUUUUAUUGUACAGUACUACUUGGUUUUAUAUGUUGAUAUAAUUCUUAUGCUAAAUAGUGAAGCAUUGCUUGUUACCAUAUUUUCUGUUUUGAUAACACCAUCACUGAAAAAGGCAUGACAAUAAUUUAUGGAAAUAUAUUGCUUUUUCUCUAAACCUGAUUAAUGGGCAUGUCCAUAUCCAAAUAGUUUCGUGUUUUUAAAUUUGGCUUUACAAUAUUAUUUCAAUGAUUUCAUUCUGUAGCAAUAUUAUGAAAUAGCCUGCAUAAAUUUCCUUCUGUAACAGUUCCACGCAACUUAAAUUUAUCAUCAUAUAUUCAAAUAAUUAUCUAAUUAUAAACUAAUUUUUAUUGGUAUUGGGUAAUCCUAAAUUGAAUUUUGACAGGGAUGUUUUAUUAUUUGUCUCCUUCAAACCAAAAUUAUUGUUUGUCAUUUCAUUAACAAUCAUGAAAUGUGUAUUUUAUUGUAUAUUUUCUGUUUUCUGCAGUUCCUAUAUACUUGCUUUCUACUGUGUUAAUCGUGAAUCUGAAUAGUAGAUUCUUAAUAAGCAUAAUAUUGAAUAAAGCAAGAUGUAACAAUAGAUAUUUCAUACCACUGUUUGAA